CUAGUAAGGCAAGGCAAAUUUAUUUGUAUAGCAUAUCUAUUUGUUUGGCACAUUUCCUACACAGACACUUAAAAGACUGAAAGUCAACUGUAAAAUAGGUCUGCAGUAAGUUGUUAACAAACUAUGAUAGGUAAACUGAUCAGAUUUUUUUCUAUAUCUUUACUGAAGUCAUCAUCAUAUUUAGCAUGAGAUGUCAGCAAUGAGGCCACAGAGAGUAAAGAUUAAACCUAAAGAAGAGGCAGCAUAUUUUUCAUCCUUGGGCAAGGACGAGGAUGGAUUCAAUAUAAAAUAUAUUAAUUCAUUUAAAGGUGAGUUGCCAUUUGUUAAAAAUUCUUUAGCACAGGUAUACUUUUAAUUAUUGCUUUAAUCUCUUCAUAUUUCUGACACAUCUUCUGUUCUUCGUUAGGUCGAGGAGUGUUCAGUUGCCACCACUUUCAGAAGGGAGACUUUCUUAUUGAAUAUCGAUUGGAAAUCAAACAGGAACAUGAAAACAGGCUAAGACUGUACCACGAUGCCCUGAAGGUUUUCAUGUUUGAAUUUCUCUACAAUGGGGAAAAAACUAUGUAUUGAUGCAGCCAGAGAGGACGACUCCCUAGGGAGACUUGUCAACGAUGAUCAUGACAUCAGGCCAGGGGAAGAGAUAACCUACAACUAUGGAGAUUCAGACUGGCCAUGGAGAUUAAAGGUUUCAACUGAAGCACAUCCUCAUCAUGCAGCCUGGGCAUCUGACUGCACCAAAGAUGUUAUACUGGUGACUUCAUUUCCAUUGAAUGUUGAUAAUGACAUCAGAUUUUUUUUCAGUAGCAAAACAGUUUUGACUGGCCCUGGUUAG